AUCCCAACUUAGUCCCUCCCCAAAUCGGCGAUUUUGUAAUCCUCCGACUGGUUUCGUGUAGCUUGUUUCGUAGUAGAUUCUCAAUUUCGAACUCCUUUCACUGGUGAAUCUCGUCUUGUUCAAGCCGUUUCUUAGCGGGUGGCUCUGAUUUGAAGAUGAUGGUACAUAUGGAUUUGAAGUUGAUUGCUUUUUCUUUUCUUUUCUUUUUCUUUUGUUAAAAUUUGAAGUUGGUUGUUUCUUGCUUCAUUGUUGUUCUGUUUCAUCAUUUUUAGAAUAAUGUAUGUACUAUUUCAACAUGUUUAUGUGUACUCUCUCAACAUGUUCCAGAUCAUUUAUGAACACGGCAGCGUCUUUCGUUUGCUCAACUUAUGAAUCAAUUCGUUUUCUCAAUUUCUGUUACAUAUGAUUAUAUGUAUACAAGAAAUCAUGUUUGUUCAUUGUUUCUUCAAUUUGGGUAUCGUCUAUAAAUGUCACAGGACUUGGAACCUUUUACUGAGGCUGUUACUAGGAUUCUUCAGGUCAUUAUCAUAGAACCCUCUUCAUUAGUGUCUGUCAUUCUUGUACCCAACUUAUACAUUAAGAGACCCUGAAUCGUUUGCAAAAGUUGUUGCUUUUGAAUAUGCAAAACUACAGGAGGCUUUGCACGCAAUGUGCUUGCUAGCUGAAGAAGCAAAAGCUGAUGUGAUUAGAGAACAGGAGACUGCAAGGAAAGCUAUUGAAGAAGCUCCUCAAGUCAUUAAGGAGAAUUCUGAGGAUACUGAAAAAUUCAAUUCAUUAACAUCAGAGGUGGAAGCUCUAAAGGCUUCGCUUCAGUCUGAACGACAAGCAGCAGAAGACUUGAGAAAUGCUUUCUCAGAGGCAGAGGCUCGAAAUUCGGAGCUGGCCACAAAUCUUGAAAAUGUGACAAGAAGAGUAGAUCAGCUUUGUGAAUCGGCUUCGCUCCAGUCUGAACAACAAGCAGCAGAAGACUUGAGAAAAGCUUUGUCCCUGGCAGAGGCUAGAAAUUUGGAACUGACCACAAAACUUGAAAAUGUGACAAGAAGAGUAGAUCAGCUUUGUGAAUCGGAAAGCCAGGAAGUACUAGUGAAGUGCAUCUCACAAAACCUUGGAUAUGAUGGAGGCAAGCCUGUUGCUGCAUGUGUCAUUUACAAAUGUCUCCUUCACUGGAGAUCUUUUGAAGUCGAAAGAACCAACAUCUUUGACCGUAUCGUGAAAAUAAUAGCCUCCGCCAUUGAAGUUUCAGAUAGUUACAAGGUUUCAGAUAAUAACGAGGUUUUGGCGUAUUGGUUAUCUAAUUCAGCCAUGUUAGUUUGCGUACUGCAACGCACAUUCAGAAGCUCUACAAUGCUAUCGUCCAAAGUAAGAAGCUGCAAAUCUAAUUUAUAUAAAAAUAUUAUCUUCCUUAACAUUUAUUUGCUUCAAUUCCUGUAUAAUGUUGUGUCUUCUUUACAAUCCAAAUAGGGAUUGAUGAGUGGUGUUCUAGUCUCUUAUCUGGAUAGACAAAGCCAAGUCGUACCAAAGUGCCCUGCAAUGCUUUUCAAGAAGCAGCUUAUUGAUUUCCUCCAGAAGAUUUAUGGAAUGAUGAGAGAUAAUCUAAAGAAAGAGAUCCUUCCUCACCUUGAGUAUUGUAAACAGGCACCAUGGCCAUUCUCAAACCCAAAAGAACGGAUUGUUCAUUGGCAACGUAUUGUGGGAAGCCUGAGAAGUUACCUAAAUAUAAUGAAAGCAAACAAUGUAAGUUUGAGGAUCCGUUAGAAAAUUAACAAAAUAGUAAAGUCAUGGUGGACUCGAACCAUGCCGGUUCGUCCCUUUUGGCCGAGGACUCGAGCAUCCCAUUCGCGGUGGAGGAUUUAUCAAAAUCAAUGCAGCAAGUGAUGUAAAUGACAUUGAGCUUUCUCAAUUGAUCCACGAGAAACCAAGUCUCAGCUUCUUACUCAGUCGUGAAGAAGGCAGUCCAUCAUAAAAUGGCAUAGGUGUGUUUGAUGCAGUCUUUACCUAAGGAGUUAUUUUGAUGUUAUUUAUAUGUUAUUUCAGGAUAGAUGUUGUUUUAGUUAUUUAUAUGCACUUACAGCUUUGGAAAUGAAUUCUGAGAGUCUCUUCACAUCAUUAGUUCACUUAGUUUUUGGUUUGACUACUGAGUUCCUUUCAUUUUCCACUUUUU